AACGGCAUUGCAGGUAAAUCGGGACUCGUUUGUCAACACCAUUUUUUUCUGCUUUCAUUAACAUGUGCGAGAAAUGAAGCGGUAAGAGAAAGUAACGCUGCUCUGGUCUGAGUUUUGGGGUAAAAAGAGAAACGCGGACGGUAAAAAAACACGUCUCCGGUCGAAAGAAGCUCCCGUUGUGCGAGCGCUUUGUGAACACGCUUUUCUUCUCCGAGGAACUUCGAAAGCUGUGGAUUUUUUUAAAUCCUGAAACCCAAUCUAACAAAGGAUGAAAUCUGUCAAAAGAGCAUUUGAAGAGGAGCACAGCGGAGAGACAGAGUUUUCUGCCAUGUCAGACAGUGAUCCCUGUGAGGAUGAUGCUUACCCACUCAAUCUUUCCACCGGUGCCCGUGGAGCUUCUGCUAAGCGCCGCCGCCGGGGGAACCUGCCAAAAGAGUCGGUUCAGAUCCUAAGGAGCUGGCUAUAUGAGCACCGUUUUAAUGCCUAUCCGUCUGAGCAGGAGAAGCUUAGUCUGUCAGGACAGACCAAUCUCUCUAUCUCGCAGAUCUGUAACUGGUUUAUCAAUGCACGACGGCGACUUCUUCCCGACCUGCUUAGGAAGGAUGGAAAGGACCCAACUCAGUUCACAAUCUCCCGCCGGGCCAGCAAAUCUGACAGCCGGUCAGUUGGCUCCGCCUCCCCUGAACACUCCACCCCUCCACUUGUUCCGGCACCUCGUCCCUCUGUCAUUCGCCCUGCCCCCACGUUGGACCUUAGCAUGCUGGGUAAUACAGCAACCGCCAUCUUGACUGGAGCUGGCUGCUUAGUGGGAUCCAGUCUAACAGGGCGAGACAGUGGAGUCCAGACCCUCAUGCAAGUGGACACUCGUGGCCUGAUCAAGAAAGAAAGUGUGAAUGGACCUUCUAGUCUAACUACUAUUCCAGGCUCUUCAAGCAGCCCAAGCCUGGGAACGAUGAGUCCUACCGUGGUGCUUUUCAACACGCCGCCCCCUACACCCCCAGAGCUCUGCCCACAUGACUUCAGCGACCUCAAGCUGCUUGUCGAUGCAGCUCUACAGAGAGCAGCAGAGCAAGAAAACCAGAGACAGAAGGAGCAGCCUUCAGCUAGAGUGCCCUGUUCUGUUCCUGUAUCUGCUUCAGCAACAGGGGCUCCAAAUAGGAACAUGGAGAAAGAAAAGAGCCGUGAAAGCCUGAGCUCCAGCAUCAAAUCUGACUCUGCUCCCAGCCUGCAGGAGAAAGCCAUUCUCCCAGUCUCUGUGCCUGUUUUAAAUGCUUCUGCUUCUGCUCUUCCUGCCAGCGAAGCAGGCGUUAGCCUGCCGGUGGUUCAACAAAGAGUUGCCGGAGCAGUGAAUUUUCAGCCAAAUGGCGUAUGGAGUGUGGUCAGACCAGCUAGCCCACCCCCAGCCAGCGUGUCACACACCUGGAGCUCACAGCACACACUCCAUGCUGUCAGAGAAGCAGUCAACUGAGAAAAUCAAAAUCAUGCAUAUGCAUUUAUGAAGGACAAAAAGCAACAGCUGAGAAAAGGACAUUCCACACAACCAAACCGUGAAUGCAACACCUCUCUGCUCUAGGUUCUUAUUUGGAGGAGGUCGUCUAGAACUUAUUUACAUGGGAGAAGACCGAUGGUCAUGUGGCUGCAAUGUGACCGUUGCCUUGACGAUCUCCAAUUGUCAUGGAUGUGAUGUGACUGUUGCCUGCCGACCAGCUAGAAACGGAACAUUUCACUCAGAUAACUCAGUUGUAGGUCAUACACUAAGGUUACUUUUGAUUGACACAAAGGAUGUGUUUUAAGCAUCAAGCCUUUUUACAAUUUUUAAAAGACUUUUCCAUUCUUUUCACUACGUGAGAAUUAUUUUGGGUCCUCUUUACCAUUUCAGCACAACACCAGCUGAGAACAUAUGAUAAGACUCAGCUUAAAAGGAAAGUAAAUCUUGUGGGUUUAAAAUCCCCAACAGGACAUUUCCAGAUAUGCCCCAAACAGUGAACUUUCCACACACAACCUGGCAGAGUUGUGUUGUUUCUCAGAGUUUGUAUCUAACUGAUAGGCAAGACAUUUCUGGUUUAUUUGCUUUUAGGACUGCCCUUAGAAGUUACACAAGUGGCCUUGCUCAGUUUUUGCCUUAGAUAUUGGUUCUUGUAGCAUUGGGUGAUUAUUUCAAAGACAUCAUAUCACAAUACUUGUUUACAUGAUACAUGGUUUGGUUAAGAGAAAGUUCAAUUUGAAAUACAGAACACUAGUGAAACAGCACACCCAUAUUACCCUCAGAAGAGUCUGUUGUGAUAUGAUGUAACACAAGAUCUACCAGAUGUACUGUUUUUGCCUGUAUGCUCUAAUGUCUUGGCUUAGGGCUAGAUUAGUAGACAAUUAUGUAGCAUGGUUAAAUAUUUUGUAUAUGACUCCUGAAUGCUCGUUGUGAACCAGCAUGAUACAUUGAAUGACUCAGUGGUGGGCUAGAUGUCAGGGAGAAUACAGGGCCAGACUUCAUCCUGCUGAGUCUAAGAGCUCCACUAUAGUUCAAAAACCCCUGGCAUGCUGCAGCCUUGUUUGUUUGAUACCUCAUUCCAGUGGCUUGAAACCACUGCAAAUGGGACCACGACUUCCAAAUAUCAUCUUUCUUUUCUGUGUUUGUGUGGUCACUCAUACAUUCUGCACUUUAUUUCCAAGUCUGUAUGUUGCCAGUACUUCAAAACUUUAACAGUUUUUUUUUUGUUUUGUUUUUUUAUUGUUCAAACUUUUUUUGCCUCCUCGAGCAUUGUCUCAGUGAGGUAAGGUCUAAGGAUGAGGGAGAGGAGACAGACGGUUGGGGAAAUUGAUUGCAUUGCAGAUAACAUAGCUCAGCCUGAUCGUUCCUCUGCAGUGAUAUGGCAUGAGACAGCAACAGAGCCGCCAUUGAUUUCCUGAGAGAUGCUCCUUCCUAUCCCAGACAAGCUUUAACUUCUUUUGCUGAAUUAAAUGUGGAGAUUUUAUGGCGCUUUAAGGGCGCACAGUGUCUAUUUCCAUAAGAGAUGUCAUAAAUUCAUUUGUGUGUCGGAGACAGAGACGGGCAGAUUAUGUGAGAGAGAGCAGGAUUAAAGUAUAGGUUACGCGGAUCAAUGUGAUGAAAGUGGAGAGCAGACACUAUCAGUUUUAUUUUCCAGAUUCACCAGUAGUGUUUUCAUAUCCUUAGCUCAUAAUGUUAGCUUGUUCUUAGGUUUAAAUGUUAUUUUGUGAGCUGAGGAAUGCGUUAUUCUGCAAAGCACCUUUCACAAUGCUGGUAAUAGAAUGGUGCACAGCUGUGUUCAGAAGAGUGAAGACGUCGAGUAUAAUAGCCUUGAGAUCUGUUUCAGAGCAGGACUGUGUGCCUAUGAAUGUGAAAGAUCGCUGUAUUACGGUGCUGGCUUUUUUUUUUUUUUUUUU